AUGAGGAACAGGGCGACGACGCCUUUAAGCAAGGCGAAAAUCCGGCAAUCAUGGAGCAAAUACAACCUGUAUAACCUGCAACGAUUCCGCACCCCCCCGACGUUCUUCAAGACCCAUUUCCAGCAGAAGUGGGCCGCCAAGUCGGUUUCCCGAGCAUACCAUGGCGAGCAGGUGCGGGAGUCGCAAUGGACACGCAUGUUCUCCAAGCGUCUGCGGGCUGUGAUGCCCAUGAACCCGAUACAGCUGGCGCGAGACGAUGGCUCGCAGAUGUCCGCCGGUCGAGGCUCGGGUCUUGAUCCGGAUGGCAGUGAGCGCAAGUCAGACUCCAAACGCAUUCCCUAUACCCAUAUGACCUUUGCUCCCCUCGAACGACGGUUAGACGUUGCCAUCUUCCGCGCGAUGUUCGCUAGCAGUACGAGACAGGCGCGGCAAUUUGUCAUCCACGGUGCUGUCACCGUCAAUGGACAGAGGAUGACAUAUCCCGGCUACCUCCUUAACCCCGGGGACCUCUUCCAGGUCGAACCUGAACAAGUCAUGUACGCUACCGGUGCACCCAAGGACAGGAUGGAGCGUCGGGAGGGACGAACCGCCCGCAAGCAGGCCGCUGAGGCUCGACGGGCUGCGGCUGAGGCGGCCGAGGACGUGGAGGAGGGUGCCCCAGCAGAAGAAGCAGCGGAGGAGAAGGACGGCGAGCCCGCAGCCGAAGCAGAGGCCAAGGGAGAGGAGGAUCCUCGCCAGACUCUGAGGGCUCUGCUGGCUCAGGCCAAGAAGAUCAUGACUUCCAGCAAAGAAGUUCUCCCCGCCAAACGCAAACAGGAGCUUCGGGCCUUCCAACGCUCCGUCCGUCGCGUGUUGUCUCGUUCUCAGUCCAGUGCCGUCCUGACCGACAAUCUGGAAGCCCAGCUCUCCGAAAUCACCUCCCUGCUGAAGGCUACACGUGGCGAGAAAACGACCCCCAAGGAAGAGCAGGUGUCGAAGAAGAGCGAACCGGAGGACGUCGAGCCCAGCUCGUCUACCGCUGCCGCGGAUAACAAGACGAGUGAACAGUUGGCCAAGGCAUUCCAGAAAGCAUCCUUGAAUCCGGAAGCAGAGCUGGAUGAGGAGACGACGGCAGAGCUGUCCGACGAGGACCUCAACGUCCUCAAGCGCGCACUUGUCCAACUGCGUGACAACCCGAUCGACAGCACCAAGCCAUACGCCACGCCCUGGAGGCCACGAGACUACAUGAGUGCCUUUGCUCUCAUCCCGCGAUACCUUGAAGUCAACCAUAAUAUCUGUGCUGCAGUGUACCUCCGUCACCCCGUUGCGCGACCCGGCCUCGCAGAAGUCCCGACUCCCUUCGGAGAGAACAUCAGCACGUCCGCCUUUGCCUGGUAUCUGCGGAGACGGUAA